GACGGGGGCAGCUCGGGCAAUCUGGAGAGCAUGAUGAUCAACAUGCUGACGGAGAGAGAGAGGCUGCUGGAGAGCCUGCGAGAGACCCAGGACUGUCUGGGGACAGCGCAGCUGAGGCUGAGGGACCUGGGACACGAGAAGGACUCGCUGCAGAGACAGCUGUCCAUCGCGCUGCCGCAGGAGUUUGCUGUUCUUACCAAGGAGCUGAAUCUGUGCAGAGAGCAGCUACUGGAGAGAGAGGAGGAAAUCUCUGAGCUCAAAGCUGAGCGUAACAACACCAGACUCCUGCUUGAACACUUGGAGUGUCUCGUCUCGCGGCACGAACGAUCUCUCAGAAUGACGGUUGUGAAGCGACAGUCUCAGUCGCCAGCAGGGGUCUCCAGCGAGGUGGAAGUCCUUAAAGCGCUCAAAUCUCUCUUCGAACACCACAAGGCCCUGGAUGAAAAGGUUCGAGAGCGAUUGCGAGUUGCUCUAGAACGAGUCGCGGUUCUAGAAGAGCAGCUAGACUCAUCGUCGCAAGAAGUAAGCCCCUCCUCCAUUCUGCUUGUUGGAGAUAUCGCCAGACAGCACUGCCGCCGAGAGCCCGUAGAGUCAGUGGGGGAGAUCGAGGAGCAGCUGGGCGCGGCGCAGAGAGAGCUGAGCAGAUCUGAGGCAGCCAACAGCAAACUGCAGAGAGAUGUGAAGGAGGCUCUGUGUCAGAGAGAGGACAUGGAGGAGAGGAUCACGACCCUGGAGAGGCGCUACCUGAGCGCUCAGAGAGAGGCAACGUCUCUGCAUGAUGUGAAGGCGCACUGGACGAUUCGAGCUGGCGCGGUGAUCGACUUUAGGGUUAUUGAUUUGCAGAGCGAGGAGAAGAACAGGCAGCUCCAGGAGUGGCUACAGGAUGCCAAACAGAAGCUUGAACAAACUGUGCAGAAAGCAGAGACCCUGCCAGAGAUCGAGGCACAGCUAGCACAGAGAGUGACAGCGCUGAGCAAGGCGGAGGAGCGUCACGGAAACUUCGAGGAGCGGCUCAGACAGAUGGAGGCCCAGCUAGAGGAGAAGAACCAGGAGCUACAACGAGCUCGUCAGAGAGAGAGGAUGAACGACGAACAUAACAAGCGUCUCUCGGAGACGGUGGACAAGCUGCUCUCGGAGUCCAACGAGAGGCUGCAGCUGCACCUGAAAGAGAGGAUGGCAGCGCUGGAGGACAAGAAUGCCUUGUCUGAAGAACUGGCCAAUAUGAAGAAGAUCCAGGAUGACCUCAUAGCCAAUAAGGAUCAACUCAUAUCUGAGCUGCAGAGAUUGCAAGUGGAGCUGGAUCAACUCAGAGCGAGGCCAGGCUCCUCCUCCUACUCCAGGUCUCUCCCUGGCAGUGCUCUGGAGCUAAGAUACUCACAGACGGGGGGGUCGCUCCCUCACGGCUCCACGGCACGUCUCGAUCACUAUGGCAACAGCGGCUCCGCUGUCGUCAGGCGCACCCACAAGGGGGGGCGCUGGGGGGGGGCCGGCAAGGAGGAUCCUGGGAAAGUGCGCUGGGGAGAGCAGGGAGCAAACUCACUGCCCAGAGACAUGUACCAGGACUGGGAGCGUGCGAGUGUGCUUGCAGGGGUGGUGGCUCAGCGGUACGAGACGGACCUGGACGGGAGCUGCUGCUCGGACGAGGAGGAUCGGGAUGCCAUGCUGAGCUCCGGGGAUCUGCUCUCUCCCACGGGACAGACGGACGUCCAGACCCUGGCCAUCAUGCUGCAGGAGCAACUGGAGGCUAUCAACAAAGAGAUCAAGCUGAUUCAGGAGGAGAAAGAGACCACUGAGCUCAGAGCGGAGGAGAUUCAGAGCAGGGUCUGCAGCGUGGCCCUCGACGGGCUCUCUGGACCCCCCUCUUCCCUCGGGGCGGGGCGGGGCUUCAUCCCCACCUCGCUGACAUCAUCCACCCUCGCCAGCCCCUCCCCCCCCAGCUCCGGACAUUCCACUCCGAGGCACAGCCCAGCUAAGGAGACGGACAGGCAGAAUAGCUUGAAGGAUGAUGACAAAUCAUUGGCUCUCCUGGACUCGACCCCGCCCCCCACCCCCCGGGCUCUGCGAUUGGACAGGAUGACACACGCCCUCCAGGGGGCGGGGCUAGAGGAGGGGCGGGACUUUCGCACACUCUCCGCGGACGGGAGCAGCACAAACAGUAGCCAGGAUUCCCUGCAUAAAUCCAGCAAGAAGAAAAGCAUCAAAUCUUCCAUUGGAAGACUGUUUGGAAAGAAGGAAAAGGGAAGGAUUGGACCACCUGGGAGAGAGAGUGUGUCACUGGCCUCCACUCCUUCUGAUGAAAUGGGACCCGGGGACACUUUGGGACUGUCCAAACUAUCCGGGACGGUCGACAAGGACCGGAAGAGCAAGAAGAAGCAUGAACUUUUGGAAGAGGCGUGUCGACAGGGUCUCGCCUUUGCAUCCUGGGACGGUCCUACUGUGGUCUCCUGGCUCGAGCUCUGGGUAGGAAUGCCAGCGUGGUACGUUGCAGCUUGCAGAUCCAAUGUGAAGAGUGGAGCGAUCAUGGCGAAUCUCUCCGACACGGAGAUCCAGAGAGAGAUUGGAAUCAGCAACCCGCUCCACCGACUCAAGCUGAGACUCGCGAUCCAGGAGAUGGUGUCUCUCACCAGCCCCUCCGCGCCUGCCUCCUCUCGAUCGUCCACCAGUAAUAUCUGGAUGACUCACGCUGAAAUGGAGUCUCUGUCCGUUGCUCCGAAACUGGAACCUAAAGAGAUAAGCUGGGACCAGAUACUGGUUUAUGGAGACAUGAAUCACGAAUGGGUUGGAAACGAGUGGCUUCCCAGUCUGGGGCUCCCCCAGUACAGGAGUUACUUCAUGGAGUCACUGGUCGACGCCCGCAUGCUCGAUCACCUGACCAAGAAAGAGCUCCGAGGACAGCUCAAGAUGGUGGACAGCUUUCACAGGGUCAGUCUGCAUUAUGGCAUCAUGUGUCUGAAGAAACUGAGCUAUGAUCGCAAAGAGCUGGAGAGGAGGAGAGAGGAGAGCCAACUGCAGAGCAAAGAUGUGAUGGUCUGGUCGAACGAGAGGGUCAUGUGCUGGGUGCAGGGGGUGGGUCUGAAGGAAUACGCUGAUAAUCUCCAGGAGAGCGGCGUGCACGGAGCCCUGCUCUCAUUGGACGAGACCUUCGACUUCACAGACCUGGCUCUGCUGCUACAGAUCCCCACCCAGAACAUUCAGGCCCGGCAGCUCCUGGAGAAGGAAUACAACGAGCUGAUUGCCAUGGGAACGGAGAGGAGGCCAGAUGAGGAUGGUUCCAAGACGUUCACUCGCUCGCCCUCAUGGAGGAAGAUGUUUCGCGAGAAAGACCUGCGCGGCGUGACCUCUGACCCCUCGGAGACCCUGCCGGCAAACUUCCGCGCCUCGGCCAUAGCGACCCCCAGCGUGACCCUGCGCAAGGUCCAGUCAGAGGUGAAUUCUUCAGGUUCGACUCGUGGAGAGUCGGGGUCAGUGAGGACUUACUCCUGUUGAUACAACCAACGAGACGGAACUGUCACUUUAAUUUCCUGUUUUGAUUUUUUUAACAAAAAAAAAAAGAAACGAGGCAAUAAGCGAAGGAGCGAAGGAGAAGAGAGGAGAGAGAGAGCGAGGGAGCGA